CCGGGCAAGAGCUCCCAAAACACGGAACUUAUAUAGACAGUACGUGACGGAACUAACAUUACAGGUUGCCAUGGAUAAUUUGCAUGACGAGGACUUGCCUUGUCUGGGCAGGGAGGCUGUAGAAGGCUUUGCGGUGGAGAAUGAGUCACACUUGGCCGCAUUGGCGGCAGACCAGUCUCAGGCCGGGUACUGGCAUGCCUGGGGUCAUUUUUGGCACUGGCUACGGGGAGACGCCAGGAGGGAGGGUCCAUGCGCUUCGGAACCACAAGGAGGAGGGGAGAUAGGGGGGGAGGAAGGAGAGGAGGAAGAAGGAAGGAAAGGCCAAUGGGCAGGAGGUACUGCGGCAGAGGAGAAUAAGCGCGAUGACAUGGGAGGAAAGGUUGAUGAAGAGAAGAGAAUGGAUACGGAUACGGCCUUGGAUAUGAAGGUGGAGGAGGGCACGGAUAAGGAAGCGAAGGAGGAGCAAAAAGGACGAGAGAGGGAGGCAGGACCAGGCACGCCUCAAAAGCCCUGUACACCUCUACCUUCUUCCCCCUCUUCUUCCUCCACCUGCUCCUCCCGCACGGCGUCUCCGUUCUCCUACAAUCAUUCGUCCUCGACGACCCCUCACCACCUUGCCCCCCUUCCUCUCUUCACCGACCGUCUUGCUCACUCGGAGAGGCAGCCCUCUCCCUCGCCCUUCCGCAUGGGUGAAUUCGAAGGAGAGAGGAAGGAGGGUAGGCCUUGGCUUGAAACGAGAAGGAAAAGAGGCGGAAUGGCGGGAAGGAUAUCUGGCGAGGAGGAGAAAAAUGGCGCGAAGAAAGAGAAGGUAUCGGAGCGUGGGUGGGCAAGGAGAGGCGAGAAGGAGGGAAUGGCCGAAGGCGUGAGGGAGGGAGGGGAGGAGGCAGAAGGUAACGAGGCAAUGUGGGCACGGGCGUUGCAGGCAAGUUUCAUUGGCUACCUGGGAAGGUGCGUCGACGCGGGAAAGGAGGGUGGGAAGAAGCGGAGGAGGGUGCGGUGGAGGGAGGGCAAGGUGAGGCACCUGGGCCCCGGGGGCGAUGGGCUGGAGCGUCGUGAUAGUAAAAGCCUGACGAGCGUUGUCGAAGGUCCACUUGGUUUCGCGGGGCCGCUGGUGGUUGAGCAUAUCUGGCAAGGCGAAGGGAACGUGGGGGGUUAG